UGCAGAAAACAAAAAAUAUUAAAAAAUAAUAAUUAAAUAAAAAGCAAAGCGAUGCAAAAAAAUAAAAUAAAAAAACGGAGUCUUCGUUCUUCAAAAACGACGAAAAUAAAAAAAUCAGAAACACAGCAAAGCAGCGCGAAGAGCCAAUCAGCAUUGCAAGGAAGGAACAAGAAGAAGAAGGAGAAGAAGAAAAUGGAGGGCGAUGCCUCCACCGAGAAGGAGAGCAGCAUAAGCAUCAACGUGAAGUUCGGCGGGACGACGAUACCGAUCACGAAUCUGUCUCCGGAAUCCACCAUUAAAGACCUCAAGACCCUUCUCCAACCACUCACUAACGUCCUUCCGCGUGGCCAAAAGCUCAUCUUCAAAGGGAAGCUUUUGGUGGAUGGAAUGACGCUAAGGGCGUCUGAGCUCACGAACGGGUCCAAGAUCAUGCUCAUGGCUUCUCAGGGUUUGCACCAAGGGGACGGUCCCAUCCUUAAACAAGCUCAAACCCGCCCAAUUGUUAGGGAAAACAAUGUUGGUAAAUUUGCAAAGGAAAAGAUGCAAGUUUCUGUUGAUAAGAACCGGCUGGAACGUUGGAAGGCUACUGGAGUUAUAGCACUUUCCGAAUGCAACUUGAAGGUCAUACCGGAUGAAGUCUGGGCUUGUGGAACUUCUGCAAGAGUUAUCGACUUCAGCAAUAAUGCUAUUCGAGAAGUACCUUCACAAAUUGGCUCUUUAAAUUCAAUGCAGAAGUUAAACCUGAAUGCAAAUGAUAUAAUGGACGAAACAAUAAGCUGGAAAGGAGUAACUUCGUUGGUGUAUCUAACGGUUCUAUCUCUGAACCAAAACCAAUUAACUACUUUGCCUUCUACACUGGGUGAGUUGACUUCGCUAAGGCAACUUCAUGUUGCAAACAACAAGUUGACUGGCCUACCAGUUGAAAUAAAAUUUCUGACUCAGCUUGAGGUGUUGAAAGCGAACAACAAUAGGAUAAGCACCAUUCCAGCAUGCAUUGGGGACUGUAAUGCUCUUACUGAGGUUGAUCUUUCUUCAAACCUUCUGUCCGCAUUGCCAGAUACAUUUGGUAAUCUGCGUAAUUUGAAGUCAUUACAUCUUGGUAACAAUGGGCUCAAAACCCUUCCUUCCACAAUAUUCUCGAUGUGCCUACAGCUAACAACACUGGAUCUGCACAACACAGAAAUCACAGUAGAUCUUCUUCGCCAGUUUGAAGGAUGGGAGAAUUUUGAGGAGCGCCGACGCCUGAAGAAUCAGAAGCAACUGGAUUUCCGAGUUGUGGGCUCUGCUGCAUUUGAUGAAGGUGCUGACAAAAACUGAUGUCCAUAAUUUUUUAGAUUGCAGAUGGAAGUUCCAAAAAUUCUUGGCCGAGCUGACCUUUGUACUUAGAACUAAAAAAUUAAGUUCAAAUACAUGCUUUAGGAUUGCUAUAGGAUGUAUAUCAUUUCAUUCAUGACAUCAAAAAGCAGUUAUGAAUACAAGAACGAUUCUAGAAACAGGUUUCCUGUCCAUUGGAGGUUCAGCUACCUCCAGUUAGUUUACAGUUUUAUCGAAAUGGUUUAUUGAGCAGUGACAUAAUUGGUUUCCA